CAUCACUAAUUGGAUGACGAGGCAUUUGGCUACCUUAAAUUUAGGCACCACUACAUUUCGAACGCCAAUAUUCUACUGUUAUUCUCACGGAGGUUUUCUGUCGAUUUGGAAAUAUUACCCGAAACGAUGCAAAGGGCUUUGGUGCACGCCAUGUUUGUUGCAAUGUGCAACUUCUGCAAGGCGCUCGCUCAUAGAAAUCCCUCCUGCAUAGGUUGCAACUGGCCUGGUGAGCCACGAAUUUUUGUUGGCAGGGUCGGCGAAUUAAUGUGUAUCGAAUACAUUCUUUGGCCGAUCCCUGGACGAGAGAUCGGAGUAUACCCGAGGAACGACUCCAGGUGUGUAAUUGGCAACUCAUCCCGUGGAAGGCAUCAGACGUCAUGUCCAGAGGUGUGCACCAGCCUUAAUACCCAAGUUACGUGGCCGGAGACUUACCCGAAAAUCCCCUUUUUACCAAAUCUCUCUGACUGAAAGCAGCAACCUUGUUGUCGAUCUCGUGGACGCGGAGCCCACACUUCGAAAACUCAACGGCCUCCGAUACCCAAGGGGGUUAAAAAUGUCGCGAAUGGCUCUAGACACUCUCAGUUUUCUCUCAGCUUUUCACCGGACUAU